CGCCUGAAUUUAUGUACAGAAGUAAAAUUUGAGAGAAUCCCAAAUGGAGAAGGUAGAAGAACUGAGAGAGAAAAGCAAGAUUUGUGGAAUGUACCUAUGGAUUUGUUAAGUGGGUACCCCAUAUUGCAGCUAGAGCUUCGCGUUUGUGCCUUUUUGCAACUGGUUUGGUGGACCAUAAUGGGGAGAAGGAGGAGGAAGGAGAUAGAUGCAAUCUCGCCUUCACUUCACUGGACCACUGGGGUUGAAAUUUUUUCUAUGGUUAAGAAUGAAGAGAUCCCUACUAUUAAACCCCUCUGCCCCUCCCUCCUCCAUUUUCUCUCUCUUUUCGCUCUCUAUACUGUUCAACUUUGUACUUCACGGUUAUUGGGGAGCGGCCCUCUUUUGCAAAUCACAGAGAGUUGAAGAUAAAUCAGCUUCCAUCUCUCUCCCUUCCCUUUUCUCUUAAUUUUUACUGCAUUGUCUUCUCCUGAUUCAGAAUCUGGCUCAUCGCCUCUCAUGCCUCCAAGUUUGUUUCCAGUCUCUCCCUAUUCUGUUGAGAAGAAUGCAUUUGUCAUUUUAUUCUUCUGUUGAUUGUUACUGGGUUUAUUUUGCUGAUUUGGGGGGACAACUGAGUGAACAGGGAAACUUUGGAUUGCAUGUCAUUGUGUUCAACUUUAAAGGCUACCUUCCAUUUGGGGGAGGGAAAUCCUUCUCAGGGCUCGCUUUAUCUCUUUCUUUCUUCUGACUACUGUUCAUUUACCUAAAGAGAGCCCCAAGGAAGCAGGGGAAGCUGCAUGAAGAAUCAGAGGAACAAUGAGCGAUGGGAAUUCGAAGAAAAACAAGCUCUCAUGGUCAAAGAAGAUGGUUACCAAAUGGUUCAAUAUCAAGAGUAAAAGCGAAAGUGAAGAUUAUCAGGCAGAUCAUGGUGUUUAUAGAGGAGGUGAUGUUGAGUACAGGACAAGCAUCUCAGAGAAAGAAAAUUACAAUUGUGAGAAAAGCAGAACAGAUAAAUCUAGUAAGAACAUUGAGCAUAUCCAGAAUGGACAUAUGAAUCUCAACAAUCCUCGUAUUGUAGACGUACAGAACUAUAGCAUUUUUGUUGCUACAUGGAAUGUUGGUGGCAGAUCCCCUCCUAGUACUUUAAGUUUAGAAGACUGGCUUCAUACCUCAGCCCCUGCAGACAUUUAUGUACUGGGAUUUCAAGAGAUAGUACCACUGAAUGCUGGUAAUGUGUUGGGCGCAGAGGACAAUGGCCCUGCCAGAAAAUGGCUGUCCCUAAUUCGGAAAAUGCUAAACAGUCAUCCUGGAACCAGUGGAGUUGAAGGGUGCUACAUGCCAUCCCGCAUCCCGGAACCAGUUGUAGAAUUAAAUGACGAUUUUGAAGAGUCAUUGAGGCUCAAGAACUCAUCUUUCUUUCUUCGUCCAUCUUUUCAUACAACUAAUAACUGGAAACCAUCUAAUGACCCAUCAACUGCACUGCCUCAACUUGAUGGAAGAUUCAGCAUCUCUAAUCAUGUAAUCCUUGAUCACCGGCCUAGUGACUAUGAAUCUAGUUUCAGAUGGGGACACCGGCUAAGCAACUAUACCAGGCAAAGUGAUUAUUGUAGGCAAAGCAAUGAAUCAAGGCCAAGUGACUAUUCAAAAUGGGGAUCAUCCGAAGAUGAUGGAUGCCUUGGGGAUUCAACAAGUGAUGCUGUAUUCUCACCACCAUUAUAUGGUGGAUCCACAUCCAAGGAGGACGGACGCAGGAUGGGACAUCAGUAUUGCUUGGUUGCUAAUAAACAGAUGGUUGGCAUUUUUCUCACAAUAUGGGUCAGGAGCGAAUUGAAGGAUAGCAUACGAAACAUGAAAGUAUCUUGUGUUGGUAGAGGAUUGAUGGGUUACCUAGGAAAUAAGGGAUCCAUUUCAAUCAGCAUGUCUUUGCAUCAAACAAGCUUUUGCUUCAUCUGUAGUCACUUAACAUCUGGAGAGAAACAGGGUGAUGAGUUGAGAAGGAAUUCGGAUGUAAUGGAGAUACUGAAGAAGACCAGGUUUCGGUGUGAUCGAGGCUUACCUCAUCAGAAGUCACCACAAACAAUAUUUGAGCAUGAUCGAAUUAUUUGGUUUGGGGAUUUAAAUUACCGAAUCGCCCUUUCUCACCGCUCUGCCAAGGCACUUGUUGAGAUGCAAAAUUGGAGAGUAUUGCUCGAGAAUGAUCAGCUACGAAAUGAGCAGAAUUGCGGCCGAGUCUUUGUGGGAUGGAAUGAAUGCAAUAUAUAUUUUCCACCCACUUACAAAUACUCAAAUAAUUCAGACCAAUAUUCAGGGGACGGUAUAUACCGAAAGGAGAAACGUAGGACUCCUGCUUGGUGUGAUCGGAUUUUGUGGUAUGGAGAAGGUCUCCAACAGUUAUCCUAUGUCCGGGGUGAGUCCCGGUUUUCAGAUCAUAGACCUGUUUAUGGCAUAUUUUGUGCUGAGGUUGAGUCAAAUCAUGGCCAAUUGAAAAAAAACAUGAGUUCUAGUUCCAAGAUUGAUGUGGAGGAGCUCCUACCACACUCUCAUGGAUAUACUGAACUCAACUUCUUCUGAAAGUUUUUUGUAAACCCACUCGAAGCGCUUACUCUCUCUUCGCCACAAACCAACUAUGAAAGCAACCACAAAAGCGCUUCCUCUUACGCCACAAACGGACCAUGGAAGCAAAAUAAUAUUCAAUAAAUAAUUUCAGGGAAAUUCUGAACCAUUGGUGGAUUUGCUCCAUAUUACAGCCAUGCUGGUGAGAGGAAAUUUCGAAUAGUACUCGGAACGCUUUCAUGUCCAGAAAGCAGGAGGUGUUGGAUUACCUAGAAUCUGUUUCCCAGAGAUCAUGAUCUCAGUUAUCAACAUUAAACACUCAUAUUUCUGUGUCCCAAUUCUGAAACACCCAACUUCAUUGGAAAAGUUGCAUUCUUUCUGCACUGCUCAACAUAAGUUCAGGUAAUUGAUCUUUGGCUGGAAUAUACAAUCACUUGAAUCUCCAGCCAAAUAACAGCAGGAAUUUUUCUGACGUGAGAGAAUAUCAAGAUACAAGGAGUGAAGAACGGCAUUGAAAAUUUGGAAUUUUUGGUACAGAAACAAAAUAUGAGCCCAAAAAUCAACCAGAAAGUCUUCAACCUUCCAUUUCUUUGUUCAUAUUUUCCCUCUUGUUUCCAAUGGUGGCAAUCCUCGACAAUCUAGCACAGGUUUGUGAUAUUUAAGGAGGCAUUAAUAGAGAUUUUCAAAUAUAUCAUUCAAGAGAUUAUAAAAAA